AUGGAUGCCAAAGCGAUCGAAAGCGAAAAGAGGCCCGCUGCAGCACUCCCCCAGACGAGCCCGACGGCUCUUUGGCCGCCUACAAGCGAAUCUUCAGUCGCAUCCUUCGCAGCUGUUGGUUCUGGUGCCGGCAUAGCCUUCCAGCCCCUCAUCAUCGGCCAGUUCAUCAGCACUGUCACCAAUUUCACGUCCUCGCAAUCCUCGCAAUCCUCGCAAUCCCAACUUCGCUCAGAAGCUUCAAAGCUAGCUAUUUACUUCGUCUACCUCGGAAUUGCCCGCUUCGUCCUGUCUUAUAUCUACAACACGCUUUUCACCUACACUGCUCACAUCAUUACUCGCAAUAUCCGGCAUGAAUAUUUCAAAUCAGCUCUUAGGCAGGAAGUGGCUUUCUUUGAUCAUGGAACUGGUGGCUCAAUUGCAGCCCAAGCUACCUCCAACGGUCGCAUGAUCCAGGGUGGAAUUAGUGAAAAACUCGGUCUCGUCUUCCAAGGCAUCUCUGCUUUCAUCACUGCUUUCAUCAUUGCUUUUGUGGUUCAGUGGAAGCUUACACUUAUAUGUCUCUGCAUUGCCCCGGCAACUCUUGUUGUCAAUGGCGUUGCGGGAGGCUUCAUGGGUGUCUAUGAGAAUCAGAUCCUCGAGAUCAACUCGAAGGCUAACGCUUUUUCUGAGAGCGUUCUCUCCAGUGUGCGGACUGCUCAUGCCUUUGAGAUUCGAGACAGGCUGGUUGACAAAUUUGACGAGUACCUAUCUUCUGCUCAUAGGAUUGGAAGCAAGCUUUCGAUCAUUUUUGGAGUGUUUUUCUCCGCGGAGUACUGUAUCGUCUAUUUGGGCUACGGUCUAGCCUUCUGGCAGGGUAUCCGCAUGUUGUCUGGAGGAGAGAUUGUGGAACCUGGAGGCAUAUUUACUGUCAUCAUGUCGGUAAUCAUUGCCGCUACACAGCUAACCAUGCUCGCGCCUUACAUGGUCGAUUUCACCAGAUCCGCUACGGCCGCAUCUAAGCUAUUCGAAUUGAUUGAUCGCAAAUCCGAAAUCGAUCCUUAUGACAAUACCGGGCAUCAACCAUCUGAGGUUGUAGGGGAAAUUGAGUUCGACGAUGUUACUUUUGCAUACCCUACUCGGCCUGGAGUGAAGGUUCUUGACAGGUUCUCCAUGAGAGCGCAUGCUGGCAAAGUCACUGCCCUGGUGGGUCAAUCUGGUUCUGGAAAGAGUACGAUUGUCGGCCUUCUGGAGCGUUGGUAUAACCCUCAGUCAGGAAUCAUCAAACUAGAUGGCCACCCAAUCGACCAAUUGAAUCUCAGCUGGCUCCGAAAAAAUGUCCGUCUCGUCCAGCAAGAGCCAGUCCUAUUUCAGGGCACUGUUUUCGAAAAUAUCAAACAAGGACUUGUUGGUACAAAGUGGGAACAUGCCCCUAAAGAUGAACAAAUGGAACGAAUACAAGAAGCAGCCACCACGGCCUUCGCACACGAUUUUAUCACCAACCUCCCGAAUGGUUAUGAUACCGAGAUCGGCCACCGUGGUGGCCUUUUGUCUGGCGGACAAAAGCAAAGAAUCGCAAUUGCUCGAAGUAUUGUUUCUCAGCCUAAAGUUCUUAUCCUGGAUGAGGCCACCAGUGCCCUGGAUCCGCAUGCCGAAAAUGUGGUUCAAAAGGCCUUGGAUAGGGCCUCGGACGGCCGUACUACCAUCGUCAUUGCUCACAAGCUUGCGACCAUCCGAAAGGCUGACAACAUUAUUGUUAUGAGAAAGGGAUGCAUAGUCGAGCAUGGAACUCACGAUUCUUUGCUUGCCCAUGACGGCACAUAUGCUCAACUUGUGCGAGUACAAGACUUAGCUGUUUCAAGUCACGGAUCGCAACCGAAAGCAGAGUUGGAAUCUGUCAAUGCCUCAAAAGCAGACACUGUGACUAAAGUCUCAGCCCCGACUCCAUACGCCUCAGUUGACAAUCACGAUAGAAACAUGCCGCAGAAAGAGUACGCCAACUACGAUGACUACAAGCAGCGAAACAUCAUGUUCGUUAUCUAUCGUCUUCUCCGGGAGACCCCCGAGCUUAGGCUCGUGUACUGUCUGGUAUUGACUGGAUGUAUAGUUGGUGGAGCGACCUUCCCUAGCCAAGCGAUUCUACUAUCUAGUGUGGUUGAUAUUCUCACCCUGCCAUCAACGGAACUAGAACACAAGGGAAACUUCCUUGCAGCCAUGUUCAUCGUGCUUGCCGGGGGCUGUCUAGUAUCUUAUUUCGUUCUCGGCUAUGCAACCAAUACUGUCGCCCAACAUUUCGGCCACAAACUGCGGAAACAAAGCCUUCAUGACAUACUCCAACAAGAUCUGCAAUUCUUCAAUCGCGAAGAGAAUAGUACUGGCGCACUUGUUGCGCGCGUGGAUUCGAAUCCACAGGCUAUACUCGAACUGAUGGGCUAUAAUAUCGGUCUUGUAUUGAUUGCCGCCCUGAAUCUUGUUGCAUGCUCUGUUUUGGCACUCGUUUAUUCGUGGAAACUUGGCCUUGUUGUUAUAUGUGCUGGUCUGACUCCGUUGGUUGGCUCAGGUUAUCUGAAGAUCAGGCUGGACGCGAAGUUUGAUCGUGAUACUUCAAAGCGCUAUAUGAUUAGCGCGUCCAUUGCAUCAGAGGCUGUCACUUCUAUUCGCACGAUUGCGUCGCUUGCUAUUGAGCAUACUGUUUUGGAGAGAUACACCAGAGAGUUGGAUGAAGCGAUGGCUGACUCGAAGCGUCCGUUAUUUACGGUGAUUGUGAGCUUUGCCUUCACACAAUCCGCAGAAUACUGGUUCAUGGCCCUUGGAUUCUGGUAUGGAUGUCGCCUGCUGUCGCUUGAUCAGGUUACCCUUUACGCCUUCUUUGUCGCGUUUCUGGGGGUCUUCUUCUCCGGCCAAAGCGCAUCGCAGCUAUUUCAAUAUUCCACUAGCAUCACAAAAGGUGUCAACGCCGCCAACUACCUCUUCUGGCUCAAUGACCUCCAGCAAACAGUGCGGGAGACAAAUCAAACCCGCGAAGUUGGCCCUGGCCCAGCAGACACCAUUGAUCUGGACAAUGUCAAGUUCUCCUAUCCUCUUCGACCCGGAAUCCCUAUUCUUAAAGGCCUUGAUCUUAGGUUCAAAAAGGGCCAAUUCAUAGCCCUCGUUGGCUCAUCAGGAUGCGGCAAAUCAACAGUUAUAGCUCUUCUGGAAAGAUUCUACGAUCCAUCAGCCGGCUCGAUCAAACUCGAUUCCUCACCCCUACCAAGCUUCAACCCACGCCUCUACCGCAAGAUCGUCGCCCUGGUACAGCAAGAGCCAGAUCUAUUCCCAGUUUCUAUACGUGAAAACGUCGCUUUCGGUCUAAGCCAUGACAGUUCCACUGACCUCGAGGUGAACGAUUCUCAGAUCGAGUCUGCGCUCCGAGCAGCCAACGCGUGGGAUUUCGUCUCAUCUCUCCCCAACGGGCUGGCUACAUCAGUUGGGUUCGGUGGAUCACAGCUUUCCGGCGGCCAGAGGCAGCGCAUUGCGAUUGCGAGGGCACUGGUCCGAGAUCCAAAGAUUCUUCUUCUGGAUGAGGCCACUAGCGCACUGGAUACUGAGAGUGAACGGGCUGUGCAUGCUGCCCUUGCUGCGGCGAAGGAUGGAGAUCGCAUCACGGUAGCCGUUGCGCAUCGUCUUAGUACUGUCAAGGAUGCAGAUAUGAUCUGUGUAUUCCAUGAAGGUCAGAUUCAGGAGAUGGGGUCGCAUUCUGAUUUGAUUGCGGCGGGUGGAUUGUAUAGCAAGAUGUGUGAGGCUCAGGCUUUGGACUAG